CGGCGGACGGCGGCAGGCGCGGCCGGGCGGCGGCCGGAGGGGCGGCGGACGCGGCCGGGCGCAGGGCCGAAGCGGAGGCCGAGAGCCCCCGGCGGGCGGACGGCCGCGACGAUGACGCUGGAGUCCAUGAUGGCGUGCUGCCUGAGCGACGAGGUGAAGGAGUCCAAGCGCAUCAACGCCGAGAUCGAGAAGCAGCUGCGGCGGGACAAACGCGACGCGCGGCGCGAACUCAAGCUGCUGCUGCUGGGCACGGGCGAGAGCGGCAAGAGCACGUUCAUCAAGCAGAUGCGUAUCAUCCACGGCGCCGGCUACUCGGAGGAGGACAAGCGCGGCUUCACGCGCCUCGUCUACCAGAACAUCUUCACGGCCAUGCAGGCCAUGAUCCGCGCCAUGGAGACGCUGAGGAUCCUGUACAAGUACGAGCAGAACAAGGCCAACGCGCUGCUGAUCAGAGAGGUGGACGUGGAGAAGGUGACCACAUUUGAACAGCAGCACGUGCAGGCCAUCAAGACGCUGUGGGAGGACCCCGGCAUCCAGGAGUGCUACGACCGACGGCGCGAGUACCAGCUCUCGGACUCGGCCAAGUACUACCUGAGUGACGUGGACCGCAUCGCCACCUCGGGCUACCUGCCCACCCAGCAGGACGUGCUACGGGUCCGCGUGCCCACCACGGGCAUCAUCGAGUACCCCUUCGACCUGGAGAACAUUAUCUUCAGGAUGGUGGACGUGGGCGGGCAGCGCUCCGAGCGGAGAAAGUGGAUCCACUGCUUCGAGAACGUCACGUCCAUCAUGUUCCUCGUGGCCCUAAGCGAGUACGACCAGGUCCUGGUGGAGUCGGACAAUGAGAACCGCAUGGAGGAGAGCAAGGCCCUGUUCCGCACCAUCAUCACCUACCCCUGGUUCCAGAACUCCUCCGUCAUCCUCUUCCUCAACAAGAAGGACCUGCUGGAGGACAAGAUCCUCCACUCACACCUGGUCGACUACUUCCCCGAGUUCGACGGGCCACAGCGGGACGCGCAGGCGGCCCGGGAAUUCAUCCUCAAGAUGUUCGUGGACCUGAACCCCGACAGCGACAAGAUCAUCUACUCGCACUUCACGUGCGCCACGGACACGGAGAACAUCCGCUUCGUGUUCGCCGCCGUCAAGGACACCAUCCUGCAGCUCAACCUCAAGGAGUACAACCUGGUGUGAGGCCGCCGGACCCCACGGGGCUAGGGGCGCCCGCCGGCCACCCGGACACGGAACCCCCCCCGCCUGGGGCUGCACCCCCAGCCCCGCGCCCACUCCCGGACCCCCCAAGGGGGCAAGAGGCGCCCGCCGCCUGCCCUGGGAAGUGCCUACAUUUUUUUUUUUUUUUUAAUUUUUAUUUGUUCUCUUUUUCCGGGGAAACAAAGGCAGCCUGGCCGUGCAGCGUUGCGGGCACCCCAGGUUCCGGGCGUGGGGGGUGGGCAGUACUUUUCCUCGUGGCGUGACCAAUGUGGGGCUGGUGGGGAUCACGGAGGCUUCUUAGGUGUGUCCUGGAGAAGCACGGGGACCCCAUGGCUCUUAGGCUAAGGGCCAGUCCCCUGGGGUACCCCUGUACCCCCGAGGCCUGAGCCAGGGCGGGGGGGGGUGGUUCCCUGGGGCACCCCUGUGUCCCUGUACCCCCAGGUCUAGGCCAGGGCAGGGGGCACCCCAGGAUUUUGAGCACUACAAUGCCUCCUUGCUCUGGGGGCUCAAGUUUUCUUUGCACAGUCACAGGCAAAAAUGCCAAGUGGCGCUGCCCAACAAUUGACUCAAAAAGAUCCCAGCCUGGGGUCAUCGGCGCCCCCUUCCCACAGCCCCGGUGGGGGCAGCGGCGCUCGGGCGGGGGGGGGGGGCCUCUGUGCCAAGCAUCCGCCCCCCGGUGGCGGGGAGCGGCAGGUGCUGCUGGUGGGGCGGGGGUUGGUGGUCCCACCUGCAUGGCCAAGGAGGCUUCUGGGAUGGCUGUACCGGCAGCUCGGAGGCACCCAGCUCGCCAGUGGCCUCUGAGAUAGGGGCGACCAGCACCCAUGUGGGCCAAGCUAAGUGCAUGUGCCAACGCCGCCCACGGGGUGGGGAGUAGGGCGCCUCCCAGGAGCCGUGUGCCCCAGGGCGGCCAGGCCCCUUGUGCAGUGCCCCCACUGGCGGCUGUGUCCGGGGCGCAGCCAGGCGGCACCUAUUUAAAAGUACCCCGUGCGACGCUCCUUUUAAUAAACCUUUUGUCCUCGGAGACGCAUGUGCUGUCUGUCAGGUGCCGAGGGGCCCUCGCCCAGCGCUGCCUGGCGCCCACUGACUUUUCAUAUCUUUCUCCUGAAAUGAAUUCUGUUUUAAAUUGGAAUAAAUUGUGUUCCUAAA